CUCUGAGGGACGCCAUUGCGGCGGGCUCUGAGGGAAUGGCGUCCCUCAGAGGGAAGCCGCUCCGGCGGGCUCCCCGCGGCUGGCUUGGCGAUUCCCCUCCGCACCAGAACGAGCGGUUUUCUCCCCCGUGGGGCUCUGGCGGCUGCGGGUGCUGUGGGAACCGGCCGUCCUCAGCGUGGCGUUGAGCUGUGCCGGGUGUUCCUGCGCCGUGUCCCGGGUGGGUAGAAGCAGCCGGUGUGGGCUUUGGUUUCAUCCGUUACCCCGCACCGCUCUGCGUGGGAGCACCCGGCUCGCUGCCGGGGUCUCUCUUGGCGUCCCCUCGGCAGCAGGAGCCCGCCGGCCCCGCGCACUCGUGGGCCUGACGCUCGUGGAAAUAAGCACGGCCGCUUCCGAGCUCCCUGCGAGGAGCUACUGCUCACAACACCAGCUUUCUCCCGAGAAAACUGUAUUUUGGGAAAGCCAGCGCCAGUUACGAAGCGAGCUGGUUUAAAUGGCAAACAGAUUUUGCUUUGUGUGUGUGAGGGAGGAGCAGGCGUUCUUCCCGGAUUGAUUUUUUUUUUUUUUUUUUUUUCCUCUCUCCGUUCAGAGAGGGAAGCGUCUUGUAGGUCCCAGUAGCUCGAUGUGUCACAGGAAGCCCGCGGGUGGAAAUACUCGGGUGGCCGCUGCCACCCGGUGGUUAAAUCCACAGCUGUUUUGCAGGAUUUACAAACGCAGGCGGUAGUUUUUUUCAUUGCUCAUGCGAUGAAAACAUUUAAAUGCAGCAGCCCGACUGCGUAAUUUUUCAUACCCAAACCCCCGUGUUUAGCAGUGAGCUCUUUAUGCUGUUUUUUUCACUUUCUAAAGUGUCCUUUUUUUGCAUACAAGUAAAGCUGCAACAUGUUUCCUUGCUACACGACAUGUUCUUUUUACUGCAUGGUAUUUACAUUGCUGAAGAUCCAUCAAUCUGUUUUUCAAAACAACAUCUUUUGCAUUACUGUUCUCUAAAGAAUCUUUGGGAUUACCUUGUGUUAGUCUGUAUGCUGAAAAGAAAAUGUCAGAAACUUUAAAAGCAAUCGGCUUUGCUUGCUUUUAUCUGUGUUCUCGUUUGUUACAAGGUCAAAAGUAAGCGCGCGCGUGCUUUUUAAAAGAAAAAUUACUGUAAAAUGACCUUUUUAUAUAUAUAUAUUGCUGCUUCUGUACCAGAAGUCAUUAUGUUAGUGCAAACAUGCACGUUAGCCCAGCAGAUGCGCAGUUAAGUGCUGCUUUAAAUGACCGAAUCAUUAAAUUCGGUGUCACCAGAUGCAGCAGGCAGCACAGGACGGUCCCUCGCAAUUAUGCUGUGCCCACAUCACUGUUAGCGGCAGCCUCUCUCUGUGUGGAUCAGAACAGUGUGCUGCUGAGGAAGUUGAAUUCCCUGACGGUUGCGAUGCUUCGUAUCCCGUUGAUUUCCCUUUUCCCAUCCAAAUGUAUGAUUCAGUUUGUUGCAUUUGUGGAACUACUGCCAUCAAUUGCUUCAGCAGACAUGGAUUUGAAUCAGCUGGAGGCUUUUCUCACCGCCCAAACCAAAAAACAAGGUGGCAUCACAUCAGAUCAAGCUGCAGUCAUUGCAAAAUUUUGGAAGAACCACCGAAUAAAGAUCCACGAGAGCCUGAUCAAUCAAAGCCGUUGGGAUAAUGUCUUGAAAAACAUGAACUGGCGAGUGGAUCUGAAGUCACAGUCAAGACACGUUGAUCAGAUAAACACUCCUGUUGCAAUAGUUGAAAUGGAACUGGGAAAAAAUGGGCAGGCUGCUGAACUACGCCUCAGGGUGGAAAAUCUUUAUUGGAAGGACAACAGUUACUGCAACUCAGAAGGACAAGUUGCAGGCACCACCUGCAAUCCAGGAUCAAACCCCAACUCUACUGACAGCAGCACCUGCACUGAAGAGACUCCCUGACGGCCAAGGAAAUGACAACUAAUCCUAACAGAUAAAUAAAGCCAAGGGAAGGAGAUGGGGGAAGGAGAAGAAAAAAUCAGAUGUGGCUAGAUCUCUGUCAUCAUUGCCCCCACCCCUCAAUGUUCACCACAUGUCUGUAAAUCCUAGAGACUUCUGACUGAAUAUGAUUUUGAAUUCCUAACCCAUUAAAGACAAAAAAAAUCCUGCUUUUGGUAGGUGGCUUGUUAUUUUGAUUACUGAGCCAGAAAGCAGGGACGACAGGCCCCUGACCAAAACCAGGUAAGAGAUACCUCUGAAAAUGCAGAGCCUCAGUCUACCUAGGUAAUUAGCAAGAUGGUGGUGGCAGGGAAAUGGUAAAAGCUGAUGCUGCAUGUAAAAAGAGUUUUCCUCUUUCCUGCAAUACCAUACCGAUGAAUUUUCUGUAUUGCAUUAUGUUUCAUUAAUUUGCAAUCGUUCCACUAACAGGAAGACCAGAAUAAAUGUAUUAUAUAUUCUGGUAUAAUACAGGUAUUAAAAAAAAAAAAAAAGAAAAUAUCUUUCUGUUAUUAAAAAAAAAAAAAAAAGG